GUGUACGCCAGCCUUCAGUCGACAAAGCUCGCGCGCGAAUACCUUAGCUUUCCUAUCACGAACAACCAUAGAUUAAAAAAUCUCGCGAGAUUGUACCGCUAAUGACUAUGACCUUUUUGCAUCGUUUCCGUGAAUUUCAUUUUUAACUGAUUUGAGUACAGUGCAUGGAAGUCUACAAUGUACGUGUUUGGGGUCCUUAUUUCAUAUGUUUUAUGCGUGUAUGCAGACGAUGCCCAAGAUAGACGUACAAAGUUACCCUACAUUGCGGAUGCUAUAGGCAAUAGCCUGCCUCGACCGUCCAAUCUUCCAGCAACUGUGGGAAGUCCGGUAAACCUUUUGACACCAGACAGAUAUGAAUUCUAUACAUUUGAUGAAUCCGGAGAGCUUGUUAAGAGAUUGAUGACCCUUGAAGAAAUCCAAGCCAUUGUUGCAGCAGGGGAAGACACAGACGGCUUAGUUACAUUUGCUAAUGAUGAUCAUCCAACUGUUGCGUUUAAUUUUAGCCAGCCUUCUUACAACAAAGUUCACAACGUUGUAACGAAUGUUCAAAAUGUUCUCAAAGCUCAAAUGGAAGCACACAAAAAUAAUCCUAAGAUUCGACCCACCUUAGAUACACCUGAUGUUUCUGAUUCUUGGAGUUUGAUUUUGCCUUCAAUAUUCGGGAAUACAGGAGUGGAUAUAGUACCAGAUAAAUCUUCUGGAUCUUUUAUAACACCAGAAACAGACACUCUUGAUUUUGACACCCCAAACAACGAUUUGUCGAAUGUUUUAACCAAAGAAGUAAUUAAUACUCAGUCAUCUACAUCUACGCCAGAAUCAACACAAUAUAUAAAUAAUUCUAAGGUCAAAGAUAUUCAAGAAAAUAUAACAGCACCACCGAAAAAUUAUACUAAAGAACAAAGUACUCAGAAGCCGAUACCUGUUCAUUUAAAUAAUGAAACAAUCACCAAUAAUUUCUUGCCAUCUACGGUUAAGCCUCAUAUAUCUACAUUAUCAAUAACGAAGACCAAGCCAACAUCUGUGAAAACAGAGGAAAUUGCUCAAUUUGGUACUGGGAUAACAUCUUCCGUUAAACAUACAACACCUAGAAUAACAACUGUUUACACAACAAAAAAAAAUGACAUAAUUUCAAAUCAAGAACCACAAACUUUGAAUCAAGAAUUUAUUCCUGUUUCUAUGAUAUCGCAUACAACUGUUAAAUCGGUUAAUAUUACUCCCAUAAAACAAAGCUCUACACCCUCUGGUGAAAGCAUUAUCAAUGUCAUGACAAAAUCACCCGAUAAUUUACAUUUAUCAACAAACUCAGAAGAAUAUAUUAAAGAUAAUUCCACAACACUCACAACUCAAUCAGUUUCACCUUCAACUACAAUUUCUUCAACUGAAAUUAUAUCAACACAGAGUAGUAAUAAUGUAAAUGUAAGCAAACUGGAACAACAGCCUAUUGUUCCACUAUUUGAUGUAGCGCAAAGCAUAAGUCAAAUUGCUUCGGAUCUUGGAAAUAAUUUUGUACCUGUACAGACUACAAAUAAUGAAAAUGCAGAUGCAAUAAAAUUGAAUAUGGAUAUGGAAAGUAAAGAAAAUAUUGAAAUAGACAUUCCUUCAGGUUUGGAUAAAACACAUGAUCUCAAAAUAGAAAACCAUUCAAAUACAGAUAAUAUUGUGAAAAUAUCUCAAGAAGAGUUACAAACAAUAAAUACAGAAAAAGAAAAUAAUAGUUUUGUUACUAUUGUGACAACCACAGAUGCAAUAAUAUCAACAACAGAAUCUUUAGAAACCACGACAGUAGAUAAUAUACUAUCUGAAUCAAUGAGUGACCUGCUAUCUCAAGUUGUAUAUCAAGGUGCAGAUGAAAGGCUCUCACAAGAAAAUAAUAGCGUAAAAGAAAUAUAUGAAAGAGAAAAUAUAAAUGAGAACAAAAUAAGUGAGUCAAGUAAUAAUGAUAACAAGGUAUCAUCUACUACAGAAAUGAAUUUUGAAACAACAACAUAUUAUGUUACUGAACAAACUAAAGAAGAUAAUUGGAGUUCCAAUGAAAAUACCGAGGCUACAACAACUGAAAGUCCUUUAAAUGAGAUGAUUGGUCCAAAUUUUAUUAAGGUGUCUUUAGAAAAUGAUAAAACUCAAAAAACUAAAAAGAAACCCGUGCAAGAUAUUACCACUCAAACAACUUCUACCACUAUAAGUCAAUUUAUAGAAAAACAAUCCAUAAAAAAUAAUAAUGUUUGGUUUACAAGAAACAAUUCCAUUCCAAAUCAACCAGAAAAAUCAGAGGAAAGUGUAACUCUAGCAUCAGUGCAAUUAACCCAAUCUACAAUUCCUUAUUCUAACAAUGUUAACAACAUUAUUUCAAAUUCAAGUUUACAUAAUAAGGUUGAAAUACAUGAAUUUUCUGAGGUAAAAAACAAAUCAAAUAAAACUAAAAUUUCUGGGGAUUUUCCAAAAGUAGAUGAAUUUAAAAAGAAAAUACAAAAAAUAAAUAUUGAUGAUAAAGAACUGGCUAAUGAACGUAAUAAUUCAUGGAAACUCAUUCCUAGUGUACCUCCCCCUAAAUAUCAUGAACCAAAUAAUGAAAGACCAGAAGGUUUCUACACUUCAGAAAACAGUGCAGAUAAGAAUAUUAAUUUAGACUUUUCUAAAGAAAACCAAGGCCUAGAAGUUACCACAAAAGAUGUGGGUGAAGAUAUUACCCAAUUUAUUGAACUGUGUAACGAAUUAGCAUUUCAAUACUGGAAUGACCUCACGGAAAACACCGACAAAAAGCGUAGCUUUGUUUUGUCACCUUAUUCUAUCACAUCAAUGUUGGCUAUGAUGUUUAUGGGAGCAAGAGGUGCAACUUCAGGUGAAAUGAAUGAAGUAUUGAAAUUAGAUGAUAUGUUUACAUUUAAUCCACACUUUACAUUGAAAAAUAUAUCAGAUUCAAUCGAUAUAUCCCCAACUUCUGGAAUUGCUGCAUCUGCUUUUAUUAGAGAGCUAUAUAGUGACAGGAGCAAAGGAAAAAUUUUGACUUUUUAUAAAGAGAGAGCCCAACAUUUUUAUAAUGGGCAUGUGGAAGAAGUUAAUUUCAAAUUGAUCAGUGACAUAAUAAGAAGAAGAACAAAUUUAUUAGUUAAAAGAUACACUUGGGGUAAAAUUACAGAAUUUCUUAAGAGUAACAAUAUAAUGAUGAAUCCUCCAUUAGCAGCAUUUUCCGCAAAUAUUUUCCAGACUGACUGUACGGGAACAUCUGUAGAUGGAAGAGAUGGUGAAAUGUAUUUCGUAGUUUCACCGACUGUACGUCAGAGAAGAUUGGUACCAGUGCCAGCCGUUGUUUAUCGAAGCAACUUCUUAGCUGGAUACGAUCCAAUAUUAGAUGCCACUGCAGCAGCACUUGGAAAUACAAACUCUGUUAUCAGUACAUUGUUCUUAAUGCCAGGCCAACAAGGAAAUAUUGUUCAUGCAGAUGAUUUGGAAGUGUUAGAAAAGCGUCUAUUAGGUUCGAAACCCACUGCUUCCGUCUGGAACCGUCUCUUGAGAACACUUUUGCCCCGAGUAGGGCUCGAGUUGCAAAUACCAAGAUUUUCACAUAAGUCAGUUUUUAAUAUAUCUGCGUCACUGCAAAAAAUGGGAUUAAAAGACUUGUUCAAUUCUAACCAUGCUGAUCUUGGUGGUCUCAAUGGACCUUCGAAGAAUUUGUACUUGACCGAUAUGGUGCAGCUAACUUCAUUUGUAACUUGUGGAGAAGGUGUUAUAGGAGAACAGCAUCACAUUGAAGAAUACCCUGAGACGCUGUCGGAUGUACAAAAGCGUAGAAAUUCAAGAUGGCUGGGUGCAUGGAAUGAGCCUAGAGAUUAUCAAAGAUCGUUUCAUGAUCCACAUGAUCUUGGUGAAGCUAUGAACUUGCCGCUGCAUUUACGACCACGACAAGCACGUUUGCCAGCAAGGAGUUCUCAACCAGCUCGCCUAAAAUAUGAUAGACCAUUUUUAUUCUUCGUAAGGCACAACCCUUCGGGAAUGAUUCUAUAUGUUGGUCGAUACAAUCCUAGGCUUCUACCUUGAAGAUGUCAAUAAGACUGUUAGUUUAACUUUGUUUGAUUCCUAAGAGGAGAGUGAUAAGAUAUACUGGCGCGUAGAUAUAAGACUAGUUAAGAACAUUUACGUGACAGUAUUACUUAUUCUUGGUAUGCAGGUAUUUUGACAAAUUAUUGUUUCAAUAUCACAAUAUCUCUUUUUACCUUCAUACUAAUCUAAUCAGAAAGCUGUGGUUCUUUAUAUGUAUAAGUUUGGGUUAAUGCACAUAAUUAUGUAGAUCUGUCGUGUACUAUACUGUGGCUUUUUUAUAAGUUUAGCACUUUGAAGAGUUUUAAAUUAUGUAUUAUGAUACAGUUAAAAGAUUUUCUUUGUAUUACUCCUUAUCUCUGGUGUAAGUUGGAAUCAGCAAUGAAGUUAGUAUGCACUAUUAAUGUGUUGUUAAAUUUAAGAUUUAUGCACCUAAAUUUACUUGAAAUGCUAAAUACAUAUAUUUUUUUUAUUAGUAAUGCUAUUUGUAUAGAAUUCAGCUUCCAAUACGUGGUUUGGUUAAAACAAAAAGUUUAUGUUUAGAUUUAAGAUCCAAGCCAUUUUGUAUGUUUGAAAUAUUUCACUCUUUUUUGAUGAUAAUAACACUAAUAGACCGUAGUAUUAUUACCUACUCAUACAUUCAACAAAUAAUUUACUUACCUUUAAAUACGUACAUUAACCAAUUAUAUAGUAAAGUUUUAAAGAUGUAUUAUAUUUUACACAACAAUCGUUCCAUUUUUGAUGUAUGAAAUGAAAUAAAUCAACAUUAUUAAUUUUCAAUUACACAUACUAUAUUUUGUAUUACAUUGUGCAUCUUUAGUAAAAUUAAGAACAAAAAUCCCUUUAAUUCAAGCAAUCUACUAGUAAAAUAAAAUAACUUAUAAGAGGGUCAUUACAAUGUGGUUCAAGAUUUUUAUUGAUACAUUGUAUUGCAUAGUUAUAGUUGUAGUUAUAUAACUUAAGGCACCAUAAUAGUUUGUUCAUUGCAUUGUAAUUAUCAUAAGUAAUUUAAUGAAUAAACUUGAUGAUUUCAUAUAAAAAAUUCACGGCAUUCAUCGUAAAAUUCCUUCCAUUCAAAGCAUUCCUUUGAAUUUAUUAUUUUGGGACAGUCCUGAAAGAAAAAUUACUUCAACCUCUUACUUUAAUAUAUUUACAGCAAAAGACGUCAAGAUAUCAUUAUUUAUCACAUUAAUACCUAUUAUAGUAAAUUCUAGUGUGUCUCUUUUGAUAAUUCUAUAAUUUUGUGUUCUUUGAAUAUAGAUUUUCUUCAAGACUGG